AUGGUGAAGAGAAAGAGCGAACAGAUCGAGUCGCGCAAGCAGGAGCAGGAGGAAUUUGAAGACUCCUCGUCCGAAGACGAUAUCCAGGUGGAUGGACUCUUGGACGACUCCGAAAGCGACGAGUUUGAGAGCGCUGACGAGGAGCCAGAAGAGGAAGAAGACUCUGACGCAGAGUUCAACAGAAUUUUGGCGGAGGGUUCGAGCGGUGACGAGGACGAGGACGAGCCAAAGGAGCCGUCCAUCACAGACAAACUCUCGGGGAUCAAGAUUCGGACGCUGAGCUCGACGAGCUCGAACGGGGAAGUGCGCAGUAAAUAUCACGAUGGUUCGGAGCGGAUACUCAGACCGGAAAUCAAUCCGGUGUACGACUCUGACGACUCUGAUAGAGAGGAGAGCAACACAAUUGGAAACGUGCCCAUUUCUGCGUACGACGAGUACCCACACAUUGGAUACGACAUCAACGGAAAGAGAAUCAUGAGACCGGCCCAAGGGUCUGCUCUGGAUCAGCUACUGGAGAACAUCGAUUUGCCCGAAGGGUGGACCGGUUUGCUCGACAAAGAAACAGGCUCGUCGCUUAAUAUCACUGCCGACGAGCUUGAGCUGAUCAGAAAAAUCGAAAAGAACGAGAACACAGACGACACCAUCAACCCCUACGAGCCAACCAUCGAGUGGUUCACUAGCAAGACGGAGGUCAUGCCGCUGACGGCUGUUCCCGAGCCAAAGAGACGGUUCGUUCCGUCCAAGCACGAGGCCAAACGGAUCAUGAAGAUCGUCAAGGCUAUCAGAGAGGGCCGCAUUGUUCCUCCGCAUCUCAAGAAGCAGCAUGACGAGGAGGAGGAACUCAACUUCGACCUUUGGGGAGCAGACAUCGAUAACACCCAGGAUCACGUGAUGACGUUGCGUGCGCCGAAGCUGUCCCCACCAACAAACGAGGAGAGUUACAACCCGCCAGAAGAGUAUUUGAUGAGCGAGGAGGAGCGCAAAAAGUGGGAGGAGAUGGAUCCUAGCGAGAGAGAGAAGAACUUUGUUCCACAGAAGUACGGGGCCCUGCGUAAGGUUCCUGGCUACCAGGAGAGUGUGCGGGAGCGGUUCGAGCGGUGUUUGGACCUGUAUCUUGCGCCUCGUGUGCGGAAGCAGAAACUGGACAUUGAUCCUGAGUCGUUGAUCCCGGAGCUUCCAUCGCCAAAGGACCUGAGACCAUUCCCUGUGCGCACGUCGACCGUUUACGAGGGCCACACGGGCCGGAUUCGGGCAAUUUCCGUCCAUCCUAGCGGAAACUGGCUGGCAACCGGAUCUGACGACGGCACUGUGCGUGUUUGGGAGGUGCUCACUGGACGCGAAUUGUACAAGUACGAGAUCAUUGAGGACGAGGAGGACCAUGUGGAGGCCCUCGAGUGGAAUCCGCAAUCGGACGUUGGUUUGCUGGCCAUCACUUGCGGUGCUACCAUUUUCCUAGUUGUGCCACCAGUUUUCGGUUUCGAGACAGAAAACCGGUCCAAGUUGCUAGUGGAGGACGGUUGGGGUUACGCCAAGACCGGCAGCGACACCGUCGAGGGCGAGGACGGUGAGAACACGGGCAAGACCGCGGCGGCCGUGUGGCACAAGCCCAGCUCCGAGCAGGUCGGAAACGGCGUCUGUGCCGUCAUCCGUGUUUCCAAGGGAGGUUCCUCUGCAGGAACGUUCAAGCGGGUGUCCUGGCACCGUCGUGGCGACUAUUUCGUCACUGUUUCGCCCGAAGGAGGCCACAAGACGUCUGUUCUGAUCCACCAGCUCUCGCGUCACGCGUCGCAGUCGCCAUUCAACAAGAGCAAGGGAAUCGUGAUGGACGCUAAGUUCCAUCCUUCCAAGCCGAUUUUGGUGGUGAUGUCGCAACGGUACAUUAGAAUUUACAAUCUGCAGCAGCAGCAGCUGGAGAAGAAGCUGCUUCCGGGCGCCAGAUGGCUUUCGUGCAUGGAUAUCCAUCCGCGCGGCGGUGACCAUAUUCUGGCCGGUUCGUACGACAAGCGUGUUCUGUGGCACGAUUUGGAUCUCAGCUCCACGCCUUAUAAGACCCUGCGGUACCACGACAAGGCUGUGCGUGCGGUGGCCUACCACAAGGGCGGUCUGCCGCUGUUCUGUUCUGCUGCCGACGACGGAACCGUGCACGUUUUCCACGGCACCGUCUACGACGACCUGAUGAACAACCCGUUGCUGGUUCCUUUGAAGAAACUGACCGGCCACAAGGUGAUCAACAGUUUGGGAGUUCUGAACGUGUGCUGGCAUCCGUCGCAAGCAUGGCUCUUCACCGCGGGAGCAGACCACAAGGCCAGACUCUGGACCGACUGA